AUGGCAACGACGCGAGUAGCCACACGGCUACUCUCCGCUGGAUCUUCUCGGAAAAGCUUACAAGCUGUGUCUCAGCGCUCAUCUACCACAUUCACAACCCUACCAUAUCCCCGGUGUCAUCUCCGACUCUCACCGUCGCCACUACGACGAUUUGAUAACCACAACCUUACCAGCACUACUCGCUGCCUCACCACCACCUCUUACCUCUCCUCAUCUACCUCCUCCGCCCCCCUAGAGAUCCCGGACAUAACGAACCACUACACGAUCUUCCGGAACACGCUCCCCGCCGGCCCGCCACCGCACUCCCCGUUCUCAAUCUCCCCCGCGGACCUGCGCCGCGAGUUCCUCCAAUGGCAGGCCCGCAUUCACCCGGACAAAUACCCCUCGGGUCCGCAGAAGCAGCAGGCCGAGGCCCUGUCGGCGCGGAUCAACGAGGCCUACCGCACCCUGCUAGACCCACUGCAGCGUGCGCAGUACCUCCUUCGCGAGAUGCACGGGAUCGACGUCACGGCGGAGGAUGGAGCGACAAAGCACGCGCUGGAUCCGCAAACGCUGAUGGAGGUCAUGGAGGUGCAGGAGACGAUUGAAGAGGUCGGGGCGGACGAAGGGGCGGAGGAGACGAUCCGCGAGCUGCAGCGGGAGAAUGAGCAGCGGGUCCGGGAGUGCGUGCGGGCCUUGGAGGAGGCCUUUGACGGCGGGGAUAUCGAGAAAGCGCGGACCGAAUGUGUCAAGUUGCGGUUCUGGUAUAGUGUUGGGGAAGGGCUGAGGGAGUGGGAGCCCGGGACGAGAGAGAUUCGGUUGGUACACUGA